GAAAAUAUUUUUCUCGAAAAUUCCGAAUUUUGAUUUUGUUAAGUUCCAUUUUACAUAUAAACUUCAGAUUUGAAAGUGAACUGGUUGAACACGGUCCAGUCGGACUGCACCACAAAUAUCAUACGACAACAGCAACAGCGUAUAAUUCCAUCAUCUACAAAACCAUUCAAAAUUCAAAAAUGGGGAGCAACGAUCCGAACCAACAAGAACCAAACACAGAGCAGGAUAAUUCGGAAGGAAAAAAACGUCUCUCAGAUUAUAAAAUUUUAAGUGAAUUGGGUGCGGGAGACUUUGGUACUGUGUAUGAAGUCGAAGAUAAAAAUAAAAAAAAAUUCGCACUGAAAUGCAUUGACUUGACCACGGUGUCUAAUCCGAACCAAUUACGGGAUCGCGAAACUAAACCUAUUUUUUUGAAUCAUCCAAAUAUCGUAAAGUGCUAUGACUUUUGGUUCGAGGACAACAACCUUUAUGUCCUAUUGGAAUUAUGCACAAGGGACACCUUAGAUCACUGGCUGAUUAAUUGCACCUUAUAUGAAAGGAAACGUAGAUACCAAAGAAUCUUCAUACAGAUGCUCGAAGCAGUAGAUUAUUUGCAUUCACAUGGGCUGGUUCAUCGGGAUUUAAAGCCUUCCAAUAUAUUUUUCGGGUACGAUGGCAGAGUCAAAAUCGCUGACUUUAGCACGGUCCUAAACUUAAAGGCGGAAAAUUUAAACGGAUUUGUUCAACAUACUACUCCACAAAAACAUACUACUUCGGUCGGAACUCCUGGAUACAUAGCACCGGAGGUCGAAACUGGUUGUUACGAUCACAUGGUCGAUGUCUACUCACUGGGUGUCAUACUAUUGGAAAUGAUCACUCCACUGCAGACGUUUGAACAGCGUUGUGCAUUAUUUGAUCGACUGCUCAGAGCCGAAUUUCCGGAGAGUUGUGACAAGAAAUUUAAGAACGAGUUCAGAUUGUUCAAAUUAAUGCUGUCACCCGAUCCCAAAAAACGACCGAAAAUUGCCGCUAUCAGACAAACUCAGUUGAUUAUUGCGCAAUCCACUGAGCUUUAUGAUGGUUUAACUGCUAUAAUAACCCGUAUUUCCUUAUUGGACAUAGGAAAGUUCUUUUUAGUAUUCCAAGUAGUAUAUCUUUUAGAACGUUAUUUUUCAAAUCGCUGGAAGAAAUAGUACAUUAUAACGCGAUGUGAUCAGGAGUAAUUUUUCAGUAUGUUAUACGCAUACCGAGAAGAAUACAAAAAAAAACGAGCCAUCAGAACAGUC